CAUAGCUUUAGUCUGCUUUGAACAGCACCCAAGUUCAGUUGGAAUUGAUUUGGAAUAACUUAUAUUUGUGCGACAGUGGAUUAUCCAUUCGCCAGUUGACUUUGAGAGUUUCUGUGCUGAGGUUGACGAAAUGAAGCGGACUGCACUAGGAGUGGCCCUGCUCCUGGCCCUGGUGGCUCAACUUACGGCGCACAGCUCGGACGACUUGGUUUACGGCUUUGAGUGCCGGAAUGGUGUCUGCCAGAAGGUGGAGCUCAGUGAGGAGAACUUUGCCAAGGCAAUCAGCAUGCCCGUGUGCCGGCUCUUCUGCGGCAGUUCCAUCGGCACCUUGUGGCCCAAGCCCACGGGUGCAGUGCGUCUCGACACAUUGAUGCGCCAGGUGGACAUCUCCUUCAUCGACUUCAAUGUCAAUGGCACUGCGCGCCAAGAGAAGCUGUGGCGGGCGGCUGAAGACCGUUUCAUGGACAUGCUGGACGCCCAAAUCCCCAAUCGCAAGAUCCUCGCUCUAGGUGGCUAUCGUAUGUCUGUGAACAUCAACACCCCGGAUGAGCCGACUCCGGCCAGACUCACCCUGGAAACGGACGAGAGCUAUACUCUGGAUAUCGAUACAGAUGCCUCGGGUCAUGUGCUGGCCAACAUCACGGCGGCCAACUUCUUUGGCGCCCGGAAUGGCCUGGAGACCCUAGCCCAGUUGAUUGUCUACGAUGACAUACGCCGCGAGGUCCAGGUGACUGCUAAUGCCUCCAUCAGCGAUGCUCCGGUAUACAAGUGGCGUGGCUUGCUUCUGGACACCUCCCGUAACUAUUACUCCGUGAAGUCCAUUAAGCGAACGUUGGAGGGCAUGGCCCUGGUCAAGCUGAACACCUUCCACUGGCACAUCACAGACUCCCACAGUUUCCCCCUGGAGGUGAAAAAGCGACCGGAACUGCAUAAACUAGGAGCCUACUCCCAGCGCCAAGUGUACACCCGUCGGGAUGUGGCCGAGGUUGUGGAGUACGGUCGGGUGCGAGGUAUCCGUGUGAUGCCUGAGUUUGAUGCACCUGCCCAUGUGGGUGAGGGAUGGCAGCACAAGAACAUGACCGCCUGUUUCAAUGCCCAGCCAUGGAAGUCUUUCUGCGUGGAGCCACCUUGCGGACAGCUGGAUCCCACUGUCGACGAGAUGUACGACGUCCUGGAGGACAUCUACGGCACCAUGUACGAGCAAUUCAACCCAGACGUCUUCCACAUGGGCGGUGAUGAGGUGUCCACCAACUGUUGGAACAGCAGCAAGCCCAUCCAGGAGUGGAUGAAGAAGCAGAGCUGGGGUUUGGAGACUGCCGACUUUAUGCGCCUGUGGGGACACUUCCAGACGGAGGCCCUCGGUAGGGUGGACAAGGUGGCCAAUGGAACGCACACGCCCAUCAUCCUGUGGACCAGCGGACUCACCGAAGAGCCCUUCAUCGACCAGUAUCUCAACCCGGAGCGUUACAUCAUUCAGAUCUGGACCACAGGAGUCGAUCCCAAGGUGAAGAAGAUCUUGGAGCGGGGCUACAAGAUCAUUGUGUCCAACUAUGACGCCUUGUAUUUCGAUUGUGGAGGAGCUGGCUGGGUUACCGAUGGCAACAAUUGGUGCUCUCCCUACAUCGGCUGGCAAAAGGUGUACGACAACAGUUUGAAAUCCAUUGCUGGCGACUACGAACACCAUGUCCUGGGCGCAGAGGCAGCCAUUUGGUCGGAGCAGAUCGACGAGCACACGCUGGACAACCGCUUCUGGCCGAGAGCCAGUGCAUUGGCCGAGCGUCUGUGGUCGAAUCCAACCGGGGGUUGGCGCGAAGCCGAGUCCCGUCUGCUGCUCCAUCGCCAACGGCUGGUGGACAACGGUCUGGGUGCGGAGGCCAUGCAGCCGCAGUGGUGCCUGCAAAACGAGCACGAGUGUCCCAUUGACGCGUACGAUGCACAAGCUUAAUAAGCGAUUAUGUCUUCCUUCUUAACGGUCACUAUCCUUGUAGAUGUAGUCGGGGCGGCGGGCGACUUUGGGUGAUCGUUUUCUUUCAACUCACAACGCUCUCCGCCUGAAAAUAAAUAACAGCUCAAAGGUGGCCUAACGCAA